CUCUUUGUGUUCUCAUUCCCCGUCAGUCUCACCAUCUCUGCUUCUCCUUCCCCCAGUAUCUCUCAUUCAGCCCCCACCAUCUCCCUACCUUCUAUCUAUACCAUUCCUCACUUGUCUCUUCAGCAGGUACGGAGUUAAUGCUGUUAUUGCUGUUGGUAUAAUCUGAGAUUAUAUUUCAGUGCCUGACAGAGACAUAAUGGGGAUUAAACUGGACCCUGAGGGGAGCUGAGCCAAGCAUCCAGAGUAGAGCAAUAGCCAAUACAAUGAGGAGCAACCAAAAGUAGGCUAAGGGCAGGCAGAGCGACCAUGGUUAUAUGAAGGUGCACAGAAAGCCACACACAGGCUAAGGGUAAGGGCAAGGAAGAGACAGACAGAGAGACAGACAGACAGACAGACAGACAAACAGACAGACAGACAGACAGAGGCAAAACCAGGAGCAGAUUUCUGUUAAACAGAAAAGACCUAAAGAAGGAGGAAGAAAGAGAAACAAUAAUCUGUUUUGCGGGUAGAGAGAGCGUCUCCAUACGGCCCGGCCAUGACUGAACAGCUGACUGGACGCUACGUGUUUGUAUCUCAGGACAACAUGGAUGCAUAUUUCAAGGCUCUAAGCUUAAACAUGGCUUUCCGUAAGAUUGUGUUGCUGCUGCGCCCGGAGAGGGAGUUUGAGGUUAAUGGCAAUCACAUGAUCGUUCGCACUCUCAGCACUUUCCGUAACUACGUCAUGGAUUUCCAGCUGGGCGAGGAGUUCAGCGAGGACCUACGCGCCAUCGAUGGGCGGAUCUGCAAGACAACGGUGACAUGGGAGAAUGGCAAACUGGUUUGUGUUCAGAAAGGCGACGUGCCAAACCGGGGCUGGAAGCAAUGGCUGGAGGGGGAUCUGCUGCACGUGGAGCUGACAGCCAAGGAUGCGGUCAGCAAACAAACCUUCCGUAAAGUCUCCUGAGCCAAUACCCGGUCCCGCUCACCUUGGUAUCAGCCUCUCAUCCUCCAUCUCUCACGUCACCACCAUUGCCAUGUCACAUAUUGUCAUGUCAACUCUAUAAAGUCCUUCAGAACCAA